AUGUUGGGCUCUAUGUCUGAGGUUUCUCUACAGGUUUACUGUUGCGACCACAAAUUGCAGUUGCACACUAAGGCCAGCAGGGGGCGGUGGUGUACAGCACACAGUGACACCAACAGCACCACCAAAGAAGCAGCAGCAGCAGCAGUAUGCCGUCAGUCAGCAGCGUGCUGUGGAGGUCAUGCUUGGGACUUGAACAUGUCGGUGCUGGAGCCCACUCUCCUGCUCUGUGUGUUCGGCUUCUUCUCCAGCCUGCGACCGUCGGAGCCCUUCCUCACCGCCUUCCUGCUGGGCCCGGACCACAACCUGACGGAGGAGCAGGUGGUUAAUGAAAUCUAUCCAGUAUGGACGUAUUCCUACCUGGCGUUGCUGUUGCCUAUCUUCCUGGCCACGGACUACCUGUGUUAUAAGCCCGUGUUGGUGCUGCAGGCCACCAGCCUAGUGGUGACCUAUGUGAUUCUUCUGAAGGCGCGGGGCCUGCUGGCCAUGCAGCUGCUGGAGUUCUUCUUCGGGCUGGCCACAGCCUCGGAGGUGGCGUACUACUCCUACAUCUACAGCGUGGUGGAGCCGGCCCACUACCAGAAGGUGACGGGGUACUGCCGCAGCGUCACUCUGUUCGGCUCGGCGGCCGGCUCUCUGACCGGACAGCUGCUGCUCUCUUUGGCGAAAGUUCGGCUUGUGCACCUCGUCAUCAUCACUCUGGCAUCAUCCGCCGUGGCCUUCGUCGCUCCCUGGUUCCUGCCCAUGCCCAAGAGGAGCUUGUUUUUCCACAUGGGAGCGGGAGAGGGGGGGCCACGCAGCAGCACCACCCUGUUGGAGAAGGACUCGGAGAGAGAGCUGCCUCUGAACGGUGUCACCACAAUAUCCAGUUCCUCUGAGACAGGAAGUCGGGGCAGUGGAUUUGUGAAGGUGUUACGGAUUCUCUUUGACGACUUCCUGCAGUGCUACAGAAGUGGGCCCCUGUUGGCCUGGUCUCUGUGGUGGGCUCUGGCCACCUGCGGCUACUUCCAGGUGGUCAACUACGCCCAGGCCCUGUGGGAGAACGUCCGUCCAUCCCAGGACUACGAGAUCUACAACGGCUACGUGGAGACGCUGUCCACACUGCUCGGGGCCAUGGCUGCUCUGCUGGUGGGCUGCCUGCCUCUGAGCUGGACUCAGUGGGGGGAGCUGGCUCUGUGUGUGCUCUCCCUGCUCAUGGCUGUGUGUGUGUUUGUCAUGGACACCGUGAGGAACAUCUGGAUGUGUUACGCCUCAUACAUCUUCUUCAGAGCCACCUACAUGCUGCUCAUCACCAUGGCUACAUACCAGAUCGCAGCCAGCCUCAGCAUGCAGCGCUACGCCCUGGUGUUCGGAGUGAACACUUUCAUGGCGCUACUGCUGCAGUCGCUCCUCACCGUGGUGGUGGUGGACUCCGUCGGCCUCGGCCUCGAUGUUUUCACACAGUUCCUCAUCUAUGGCUGCUACUUUGCUGUCAUUUCUCUGGUGUUCCUCCUCGCUGGUGUGUGCAAACUGGCCUCCAGGAGGCGCUGCAGGCAGGGGGGGGCUGACAGCCCAGAGUCAGACUCUCCUUCAACACAGGAUGCCAGCUCCACUAGAUAGGCCUUUAUCAUAGGUAUCAAUUAUCUUGAUAUGCUUGAGCACCAUGGGUUCACGGAAGAGGGUUAGUGCCACAUAGGGCUGCACGAUUUGGGGAAAUAAUCUAAUUGCGAUUUUUCUGACAGAUAUUGCGAUUCGAUUUGCGAUAUGUUUUUUUUAAGCGACCCAACGGAAGUUUAUUGUAAAAUGCGGCCAUAUCUCCGGCUAGGAAGGUCGUAUCAACGUGCUCCCGUCUCUAGCACCGCCGCAGCCCGAGCUACGAGUGAAAGAACUAAACUUACAUGAAACUUCCCUAGCCCUCGUGCCACAUAAGAAACAUGUAGAAAUGACUGCUGGUAGGAAAUGUACAAUGGGUUAAUUCCAAUAGGUUUGGUAAAAACCAACUUCCUGCUGCUUCUGAGUGAAGAUACCUGAGAGAGCACAUGUUCAGAAUGACCAAAACGAGUUGCGUGAUAAUCACUCUUAUGUUUACUCACACUUUUAUUUUCAUUCAAGUGUGAGUAUUAAAAAAAAAGACUAGUAAUGCAGCUUUAAAAAAACUGCUGAUCACAGAUGAAAGGCUUCAUCGGAUAUAUGAUAUUGAAAAAUGUUUACGAAUGUUCAGAAUUCGUAAGAAGUCAGUGCCUUAAUGUCAAGGCAAUAGCUAAAUGAACACUAAGGAUGGUUCCUUCCUAACGGUACUGCUGCUCUUGUGUUACUGCGACACCAGCCUUUAUUCUGAAGAAACUGUUUUUGUUAUUCCCUUGUGUAAUUGCAUAGAUUGUGUAUUGGAGUUUAUCAAUAUGAAUCAAUGUGACUGACAGUAUAUUAUAUUGUUUGAUGUUACCCUGUGGGGAUCAUGGAUGUUUAAUAGAUGGAUUUAUACGAAAUGUACUUAUGUAUGUUAGAAUUGUAUACAUGUUUAUUUAAGUUCAAGUUUUUAAGCUCACUAUCACUUCGAUUUUUGACGUUGUAAAUGCAACCAGUAGAAGUAAAAGCUAACGUCAGUCUAUAGAAAAACGACACAUGGCUGCGCACCACCACGGCUGAUGUUGGGCUAUAAAAGAACUACUACUGUAAAACAGAAAUAAGUAAAUGUAUUUUAAGCAUAUGGCCUUUUGCUGUGCGAAUGGGCCCCGCCCCGCUGCUGUAGUGCUCCACAUGUUAAAGUUGUCUCAUGGUGAUCACACUGAACACAAAUAUCUAAACUAUCUGCUGUGCCAUGUGUGUGUGAAUGUUUCCAUUGACUGUUAAAAUAAACAAUAACUGUAGAAUUCUUUGCACAAUCUUUUACCUGCACUACGCAAAGUGAAACAUUCCUAGUUGCUGUCUCUAUGCAAAAAUGAUAUGCCUAAUAAACAUAAUAUUUUGUUA